AUGCGCCCCGAAGUGGAGAUUCCCGAUAGCCCCUCAGACCCUUAUCCAAUAAUAGUUAACAAUGCAGAGGUUGUGCCAGGAUUCGGUAGAGGAUCAUCUGAGAUGGGAAUACCGACGGCAAACGUCCCUAUAGACUUGUCGGAGCAACUCAAGAAUCUAGAAACAGGUGUUUACUUUGGAUUUGUGAGGGUGAUGAGUGAUAGUUCAAAUCAAAACAGGCAGCCACAUCAAGUUUCACGAAUCGACGGAAAGUCAUCAGUUACACUAACUUAUGGAGAGGGGCUCAAGGAAACUGACAGGAAGGUUUUUCCAAUGGUGAUGUCGCUUGGUUGGAAUCCAUAUUUCAAGAACAAGCAGAAAGCUUGUGAGUUACACAUACUUCACAAGUUUGCAACGAGCUUUUAUGGUGCAAGGGUGAACUUCAAUGUUCUUGGCUAUAUACGGCCGGAACUCGACUACACAACACUCGAGGCACUUAUUAAGGACAUUCAGAUAGAUAUUGACACGGCUAAAGAGUACUUGCAGAAGCCAGGGUAUGAAAAAUGGGCUAGGGGAGUGUAG